CAUUUCCAUCAACCAUGAGAACGACUGAACCCCAAACUGACCUUGAGCAUGCACCCAACCACACUCCACUACUGGACCACCCCGAACCACCACCGGCCGCCGUGAGAAACCGGUUGUUGAUUAGGGUUUCGUCCAGUAUCACAUUGGUCUCUCUGUUUUUUGUUUCAGCAUUCCUACUCAUUCUCCUGUACCAACACGAUUCCACUUACACCGAUGAUAAUUCAGCACCGUCGGAAAGUUCUUCCCAGCAGCCCUCCGCUGCCGAUCGCCUGAGAUGGGAGAGAACAGCUUUUCAUUUCCAGCCCGCCAAAAAUUUCAUUUAUGAUCCCAACGGUCCAUUGUUCCAUAUGGGUUGGUACCAUCUUUUCUACCAAUACAACCCGUACGCACCGUUUUGGGGCAACAUGACAUGGGGUCACGCCGUGUCCAAAGACAUGAUCAACUGGUUCGAGCUUCCGAUCGCCUUGGCCCCAACCGAAUGGUACGAUAUCGAGGGUGUUUUAUCAGGCUCAACCACGAUCCUCCCUGAUGGUCGAAUCUUUGCUCUCUAUACCGGAAACACAAACGAUCUCGAGCAACUUCAAUGCAAAGCCGUGCCAGUUAAUGCAUCCGACCCACUUCUUGUUGAAUGGGUCAGGUACGAUGCUAACCCGAUCCUGUAUGCUCCAUCAGGGAUCGGGUUAACAGAUUACCGGGACCCGUCAACAGUUUGGACGGGUCCCGAUGGAAAACAUCGGAUGAUCAUAGGGACUAAACGAAAUACUACAGGACUCGUACUUGUAUACCAUACCACCGAUUUCACAAACUACGUAAUGUUGGACGAGCCGUUGCACUCGGUCCCCAACACUGAUAUGUGGGAAUGUGUCGACCUUUACCCUGUGUCAACGACCAACGAUAGUGCACUUGAUGUUGCGGCCUAUGGUCCGGGUAUCAAGCAUGUGCUUAAAGAAAGUUGGGAGGGACACGCGAUGGACUUUUACUCGAUCGGGACAUACGAUGCAUUUAACGAUAAGUGGACACCCGAUAAUCCCGAACUAGACGUCGGUAUCGGGUUGCGGUGCGAUUACGGAAGGUUCUUUGCGUCGAAGAGCCUCUACGACCCGUUGAAGAAACGAAGAGUCACUUGGGGUUAUGUUGCGGAAUCCGACAGUUACGACCAAGACGUCUCUAGAGGAUGGGCUACUAUUUAUAAUGUUGCAAGGACCAUUGUACUCGAUCGGAAGACUGGAACCCAUCUACUUCAAUGGCCGGUGGAGGAAAUCGAGAGCUUGAGAUCCAACGGUCAUGAAUUCAAAAAUAUAACACUUGAGCCGGGCUCGAUCAUUCCCCUCGACGUAGGCUCAGCUACGCAGUUGGACAUCGUUGCAACAUUUGAGGUGGAUCAAGAGGCGUUAAAAGCAACAAGUGACACGAACGACGAAUACGGUUGCACCACAAGUUCGGGUGCAGCCCAAAGGGGAAGUUUUGGACCAUUCGGGAUUGCAGUUCUUGCCCACGGAACCCUUUCGGAGUUAACUCCGGUGUAUUUCUACAUUGCUAAAAACACCAAGGGAGGUGUGGAUACACAUUUUUGUACGGAUAAACUAAGGUCAUCAUAUGAUUAUGAUGGUGAGAAGGUGGUGUAUGGCAGCACCGUCCCAGUGCUCGACGGCGAAGAAUUCACAAUGAGGAUAUUGGUGGAUCAUUCGGUGGUGGAGGGGUUUGCACAAGGGGGAAGGACAGUAAUAACGUCAAGAGUGUAUCCCACGAAAGCAAUAUACGAAGCAGCCAAGCUUUUCGUCUUCAACAAUGCCACUACGACCAGUGUGAAGGCGACUCUCAAGGUCUGGCAAAUGUCUCAAGCCUUUGUCAAGGCUUAUCCGUUUUAGUUUUUUAUGCAUCUUUUUAAGACAUUGUUGUUUCAUAUGAUUCAAGUUUUAUCUGUGUGUUAUGUUAAGACACGCAGCUUAAAAUAGCCACAUGUGAGAUCAUUUGCGUAUGGCCGUCAACUAUUUUUUAAUAUGCAACUUCAGUAAUGCUAUUUACAGUAUGUUUUAAGGAUAUUUCCUUUUUAAAUAAAUUGUUUCAAAUUUAAUC